AGUGAUGAAACAAAGGAAACCCGGAAGUAACAUGCGACUGUUUUCAUGGAGGCUGUUUAACACUUAAUAACAAACAUGUGAAGUGUGCAGUUUAUAAGCUGGCAAAUGGCAGGAAUUACAUUUACAUGGAUUUGGCUGUUUAACGCGGUUUUAUGUUGUUUCGCUGACGAUGUGAGCCAUGUGUCUGGGUUCUACUCCAGUCCGCCCCAGAGGUUGUCUAAGUACAGCUGGUUCGGGAACGCGCGCCUGUUCCGGUUCCAGGUUCCUGAAGGGGCGGAGCUUGUGCACUGGUCCCUUACGGUACUGCGUGGCUCCGGGUUCAGCUGCAGCGACCAGAACAUCGCAGUACACUUCCGGGCCGGAGCGCCGCCGGUCAUCAACCCCAUUAACACGUCUUUCCCGAAUUCCACGGAAUUCUCUCUGGCUUACAAUCUGACUGUGAGUGUGAGGGACGCUCAGGCCAUCAGCACCACGCUGUUUAACGUCACGCAGCCUGAAGCUGGAGACUGGUUCAUUGCCGCUCAUCUGCCUAAAGACGAUGGCAAGAUACAACAGCAGGGGCUGCCAUCGUGUUCGUAUUUGUUGCAGCCACAGAUGUAUGUGAGGAGAGCCGUCAACACGCCGAUCCUGCAGACCAACAUUCCUCUCAAUCAAACUCUCACUCAGCAACAAGCUCAGUACAGGGUUUAUGUUCUGGAGUUUUCCUCUAAGCUGGAAGUCUUUAUCCAGUCGUGCUCAGUACAGACUGUUCCUGUUAGAGAGUGCUCGCUGUCAAUCACUUUAGGCUCCGCCUCUUUGGGCCAGAGCUCAGUGAUUACAGCAAACUGCUCUGGGAACCAGCCGUGCUCUGUUUCUCUGUCCAAUCCUCCGUGGAACACCUGGGUGAGGGUUUCAGUGCUCAGCCGAGCGAAUGGAACAACGACCUUCAGCAUCUCAGCAAACUACACAGCAAGCUGUAAGCCCUUGAGUGUCCCUGCAGAUGUGAACAUCUCCUUUCCCCUCAGCAGCUCGUCUCUCAUACCAUUCUCCAACACCUCACUGUACACUAACAGCUGCAUCCAGACCCCAGCUGUGUUACGGGAGACACAGGACAUCUUCUCAGUUCGCUUUACCAUCACUAACAACAGUGUGACUGCACUGUCCCUCUUCCCCACCAUGCUGACGCUGGAGCUGGACUCUGCAGACAGUGGGGGAGUGCUGAUCCUCCAGCUCCAACUUAACACGACCUCUGUUACUGGUCCAUUCGACAGUGUGAGGGUGUGUUUAACACCUUCUGCUCCUGUUCUCCAGCUCAACACUAGCCAGUCAUGUGAUGCAGGAUUCAUGAAGGGAUAUCCACUCAUAGUGAACAGUAAAGAAACAAAGGCGUUGUUGAGAAUUCCAUUUCCUAAACCUGUGACCUGGUACCUCAGUCUGCAAAGCAUCUGUAACAACAGUGUUGAAUGCAGUAACAUCUCGGCUGUGGUGAGUGUGUCGGCGAGUGUGAGUGCGUGUGUUGACGACUGCGGACCGUACGGAGAAUGCAGGCUGCUGCGCACAUACAGCUACAUGUAUGCUGCCUGUGUGUGUAAAUCAGGUUGGUUGGGUUGGAGCUGCUCAGAUGGAUCCAGUGCUCUGUCGUUCUCUAGGCAGUUAACCGCGGUGCUUCUGCUCACGCUCAGUAACCUGCUCUUCAUCCCUCCCAUCGUGGUUGCACUGUACCGAGGCUAUCACACAGAGGCCACAGUCUACCUCUUCACCAUGUUCUUCUCCACCUUUUAUCAUGCAUGUGAUCAGCCCGGAGUGACGGUGCUCUGCAUCAUGGACUAUGACACAUUGCAGUUCUGUGACUUCCUGGGCUCCGUGGUGUCCGUGUGGGUCACUAUUGUCUGCAUGGCUCGUCUGAAGGACACUCUGAAAUACGUCUUCUUCUUGGGUGGCACUCUCCUUGUCGCCAUGGCGAUGCAGCUGGACCGCAGAGGUUUGUGGAACCUUCUAGGUCCUGUGCUGUUUGCAUUAGCCACCAUGAUAACCACCUGGAUUUAUCGUACUGUGAAACGUCGUCACUGUUACCCACCCACGUGGAAGCGCUGGGUUUUCUUCCUGAUCCCCGGCAUACUGUCAGCGGUCAUAGGGCUGUGUGUAUAUGCCUUCGCUCAGACCGACAGCAACUACUACUACACACACUCCAUCUGGCACAUUGUGGUGGCCACCAGUGUGGUGUUCCUGCUGCCACCACGUGAGAAGAACAUCCCACCCUGGGGCUGGUCACACAAACUGUGUGGAUAUAAAAUCUGUCUAAACCAGAAGGAAGACCUGAACAUUGUUUCCUAACUGCACACACACACACACACACACACACACACACACACCAACCUUGUUCAGGUGUAAUGAGACAGGGUUUUAUGUAACACAGAUGACUUUAUGAGCAGAAAUAAAAAAAACUACACAUUAAAAUGAAACACAUCGACAGCACAUAAUCAGAAAGGGGCGGUCCUUACUAAACAUGCUUAGUGCUGAUUGGACACAUUGUAUCACAUGACUCACAUGAAAAAAAGAAGAGCACUUUAUUAGUUUAAUGUGAAGUCACUGUUGUUAUUCCAGUAUACAGGGAUUUAGAGGAUUCUCACAGACAUAACUAUACAUUUAGAA